AACAAACAUUCAUGUCAAAAAGAUAAUGGUCGGUGGAAGGGAAAACUGCUAAACAGCAGAUCUCUCUCGUUUGGUGAUAGGAGUUUGGUGAAAAAUAUUGAACCUCUGCUAGCCAGAGCAGCUCAGUUAUUAUGGUGUUUUCGAAGCGGAAGAUGAAGCAGCUGUUCGCGUUCGGUGUGGCCAUAGUUUUGGUAAUCUGUUUGUACAAGUCAUGGGGCAAUCCGACCAGCGGAAAGCUAAAUCUAGGAAUCGGUAGCGAAAAUGAGCUAGAGAAUAGCGUCGAUCAGGUAAGAUACGUACAUCAGCGACACGAGCGGCUGCAGGGGAGCCCUGUCAAGGCUCCUCCCGGCGUCGAUAGCAAUCACGUCGCUGCUGGGCCGCCCGCGGUUGGCGACCUGAUUGGCGAUGAUCACGAAACCCGUAUGAACGAGCUGCAUCAGGCUAAGAAGCAGAUCUUGGAAUUGGAGCGAAAGAUUCAGGAACUGGAGGGCCGCAUUCCGAGAAAGUAUCCCGACGUCACGUUCCUGAACUACAAGAACAGAAAGCGAAUCUUGAUUACCGGCGGGGCCGGCUUUGUAGGCUCCCACCUCGUCGACAACCUGAUGAUGCAAGGGCACGAGCUGAUUGUGGUGGAUAAUUUCUUCACCGGUCGAAAGCGCAACGUGGAACACUGGUUGGGUCACGAAAACUUUGAACUCAUCCACCAUGACAUUGUAAAUCCGCUGUUCAUCGAGGUGGAUGAAAUUUAUCACCUGGCCAGUCCGGCGAGUCCACCGCACUACAUGUACAACCCGGUGAAAACGAUCAAAACCAACACGCUCGGAACGAUCAACAUGUUGGGUUUAGCGAAGCGGGUUGGGGCUAAGGUGCUAAUUGCAAGCACCUCUGAGGUAUACGGGGAUCCAGAUGUGCACCCGCAGCCGGAGACUUACUGGGGUCAUGUGAAUCCCAUUGGGCCGAGGGCGUGCUAUGAUGAGGGGAAACGUGUAGCUGAAACGCUAAGCUAUGCGUAUGCCAAGCAGGAAAACGUUAACGUUCGUGUGGCGAGGAUAUUUAAUACCUAUGGGCCUCGGAUGCACAUGAACGAUGGGCGAGUGGUGUCCAAUUUCAUUAUUCAAGCACUGCAGAAUCAGUCGAUCACGAUGUACGGAAGUGGUCAGCAAACGCGAUCAUUCCAGUACGUGUCCGACCUAGUGGACGGACUGGUCGCACUGAUGACUUCCAAUUAUACUCAACCCGUUAAUUUGGGAAAUCCGGUGGAACGCACGAUAGAGGAAUUUGCCGAGAUCAUCCGGGAUCUGGUCGGCUGUAAAAGUCAAAUCAUCGAACUACCCGCGGUAGAAGAUGAUCCCCAGCGGCGAAAGCCGGACAUUUCCCGCGCAAAGAAAUAUCUCAACUGGGAGCCAAGGGUCCCGCUGAAGGAAGGACUUGACAAGACGGUCGAAUACUUCCGUAAAGAACUGGCACGCUCAAAUCACUCACAGCGGAACAUUUUCGUGCCCGAAACGACUGAGAAAACAUAGCAGUAGCGAUUAUUUUUACUCCAGUAGAUGCUACGUACUUGGGGUGGAAUUAGUCAUGCAAUGAGUUAAUGAAGGGUGCAAUUUACUAGCUGUAUGACCGGUUCCCGUGAUCCAUAUUGUUGCAGUACAAAUUUCUCGAAGCCUGAAAUUUUUCACAUCAAUAGCACACACACAAUUCCAAAACCAAUUCGACAGAUAAUUCUAAAAUUAAAGUAUUUUUUAUGAUAGCAAAAUUACAGACAUUUCGACACAGGGAACAUUGCAAUACGCUGUGGAGGCGUUAGUUUGAAUACCAGAGAUCUUUAUUGAUUUUAGGUUGUGGUCAAUUAAUACUGUUAUUGUUGCCUGUAUCUACAUCCUUUGAGUCUACCUUUUGUGUAUACGUUUUACUCUGUCUAGUCUUGUUUAUUUUUUGUGAAAAUGUUUAAAACAUGUUUUCAGUUUUGUAGAAUUGUAAAUAAAAACAAAAGUUAGGUAUAAUUUGAAACAA